GCUGCUUUGCAGAACCCAAACUCGGAAGCUAAACUAAGCUUUUUCCAAGAUCUGGGUAGCUGGCAAGAUCGGCAGACAAUUAUGAAUGAAACAGGAAAUUUUUUGAUUGAAACUUGUCAGGAGGAGGUUACAAAAAGCAUCAAGAAGCAACUCUUGAGUGUGAAUAGCAGGUGGAAACAGAGCUUCGAAGAAGGAAAAGUGUACAUGAAAAAUGAAGAAUCUGAAAGACAACAACGGGAAUAUGCAGCAUAUGUGAAAAAUUUGCGUAUUUGGUUGGAUAAAAAAGAGAAAGAGACUCCAACAAGAGUUAACUGUAUGUACCUACCUGCCAAAGAACAUAUACAGGAUUUAGAGGUGAGAUACUCGUCAAG